UUAAGGUGGAUGAGCUCCUGACUGAAUUUCUGAGAGAGUCCAACCACGCUUGUCUUCUCACUCUUACUCUACAGCGGCUCAACCAACAGGAAUGGCAGUCAGAGCUUGAGAUCAACCUCUUUGGAGUUCCCUGCUGCCUCAGCAGAAUCCCAAAGUGACCACAGGGACCUCAGCCCAAGAGAAAGGAUAGUCCACCUCUGAGUCACUGAGCACUGCUUACCCAUAGGAAGGCGUGUUGCUGGGAUUGAGGUGGUCUUUGUAGGAUUCUUCCACGGAUUCACAGCUCCCAAGUUGAGGUCAGCAGUGCUCUAUCCCUGUGGAUGCCAUUCCACCAGAGCCGAGGAGGGUGAAACAUUAUUUUCUUCAGAUUCACUUGUCUAAAUUGUCAUUGAGUUAUCGUCCCGACACAAAAAAAGUUAUUCCAGUACAGCCCAUCAAAGACAACAAAAAAGAGAAACAACAGAUGACAACAUAGAACAUAGGUAUACAGGUGCUGAGGCUGCAGCCUGUAGGCGCUGCCGUUAUUAUUAGCUGAGAAAGGAUGACCCUGGGAAAGAGGAGGGAAAAUACAUCUUCACACUUUGUAAAAACACAGUACGAAGCUGUAUUUUACAUUUUACAAACCUGUCCAAGGUGUACUCCUGCUUUUCACCUGAAGAGAGCUGUGAUUGGCUCCAGCAGAUACCUCUGUACCAGAAUAGGAAUAAGCAAGGAGAGAUUAGUGGAUGGAUGAAUGUUUUACAAAUCCAGAAAGUUCAGUUUUUAUCUAAAAUACUUGUGUGACUUAUGAUUUUUUUCCCCCAGAAAAUAAACCAGCAACACAAACAUCGUCCAAGAGUUUCCACGUCCAUUGCCCGACUCCACUAAGCUACUUACAUAUAUAACAGGUAAAUCAGUUUUAAUGGGGAAGAGGAGACGUCUAAAAAACAUCUUCUUUUCCAUCCUGGUUCUGGUGGCAUUCCUCGUUCUAUAUCUUAAUCCUUACAAAACAUUUCCAAAACUAAUGUGGAGGGAACCAGGAUAUUAUUAUGUGGCCUAUCCUAGAAACUACACAUUUAUCAUGGAUCAAACGCCAACAUGUAGAACAACGACUCCAUUCCUGAUCCUGAUGGUUCCCAUUGCACCCAAUGACCAGGCAACUCGGGACAUCAUCCGAAAGACAUGGGGAAGUGAGAAAAUAGUUCUUGAUCAGCUGGUUGAGACUGUUUUUGUAAUGGGCCUUCCUGUAGGAAAUGAUAUUGAGCAGCAGCUGAAGAAACUCAAACUGGAGAAUGACCAGCAUCAUGACCUCAUUCAGAGCAAUUUCUUAGACAGUUAUCACAAUUUGACCAUCAAGACCAUGGUCAUGCUGGAGUGGUUGGCUCAGUACUGCACCAAGGCUUCCUUUGUUUUAAAGAUAGAUUCAGAUACGUUGCUUCAUGUCCAUAAUUUGGUUAUGUUAUUGCUUGAUCCUAGCACAGCUAAAAAAAACUACUCGACAGGUUUGGUGUGGUGGCACAGCUCUGUUUUAAGAGACACUUCUAGCAAGUACUACAUGCCAUCCUAUGUGUUUCCUGAGCCAAAGUACCCCCCAUAUCCUCUGGGUAUGGCUUAUGUUAUGUCUCUGGACCUCCCUAGGAAAAUCUUGGACGUGUCACCUCAGAUCAAACCCAUUUACAUUGAAGAUGUCUACCUUGGCAUGUGCCUAAAACAACUGGGCAUUCCUCCUACUGACCCCCCUGAACACACCAUGUUUCUUAUAAAGCCAUUGCAUCCCCUGAACAGGUGCAGUCUCUCAAAGGUGAUUGCCAUGACGACAGACAGCACUUUACAGAUGCACAGUUACUGGAAGACAAUCAGACAGGGUCUCCACUAUUGUCAUUAGAUUGAUCAAAACUUGGUUUAAUGGUCUAUAUGUAGAAUGGUAAAAAACAAGCAAACUAACUAACAUAAACCAAAAAAACCCAACAUUUUGUGUUGUAGCGAUCCUACUUAAUUUAUCAAACUUGUUGGGGCACCACCUUUGUUCCAAAAGAAAAAUAGACUAUUUAUCAAUCUCUCAUCUGAAAGUAGGUUCUAAUCUUGAUUGGUUUGAGUACAUCAAAUACAUCACGCAGGAUUCAUCCAAGGAAAAUUUAUUAAAAGCUCA